AUGUCCUUCCCCCAAGACGAAACACUGGAAGCCCAGAUCGCUGCGCUCACACAGUCCGUUCGCGCAAACCGAGACUCGCUCGACGAUGCGACCCGAUACAGCGCACUGAAGGCUGCGCGAAGCCUGGUGGAGGCUCUCGGAUCGCCACCGGAGACUGUCAUUCAUGAUGUGGUCAUGCAACCCGCUCUGCUGAUGUCUCUUCGCAUGGGAGUUCAACUUGAAGCCUUUCGGGCUAUUUGUGACGGCCAAGACAGGGGAGCUACUACGGCACAGAUUGCGAAAAGGUCCGGAGCAAGUGUCUUUGUUGUCGACCAAAUCUUAAGAGUGCUCUCUGCCUCUGGAUACGUGCUGGAGACUGAUGUCCAGACAUACAAGCCAUCUUCCCUCACCAUGCUAAUGGCAGACCCUAACUUUGAAGCAACCACCAGAGCAUGCUUCGACAUUGGCAAUUUUUCUACCACAUAUGCCCCAGAAUAUUUCCAGAAGAACAAUAAUCAGUUUCCAACGUCGGCGAUAGAUACACCUUUCCAAUUAGCCAAAAAUACACGUCUCGACUAUUUCCAAUGGCUGGGCCAGAACCCUUCCCUGGCAAAAGAUUUCCAGCAAUGGAUGACGCUUAAGCAGCGCUCAACCCCGAAUUGGGUGGACUGGUUCGAUGUGCAAACCGCCAUCCUCGACGGGCUACGAAAUCGGCCCGACGAGGUCUUGCUUGUCGACGUGGGUGCUGGUGAAGGCCACUAUAUUCAUGCGUUCAAUGAGAAGUUUCCGGCCGCUCCAGGCCGUCGUGUCUUGCAGGACUUGCCCCAGGUGGUCUCCGAUCUGAAGGAUGCUCCGAAGGACACAGAGCUAAUGGCUCACGAUUUCUUCACUCCUCAGCCAGUCAAAGGAGCUCGCGCUUAUUAUAUGCACUGGAUCCUUCACGACUGGCGCGACGAGCAAGCUAGCGACAUCCUCCGCAACAUCGUGGCCGCGAUGGAGCCAGGUUACUCUCGUCUAAUCAUCAAUGACCAGAUAAUUCCCGACCGGAACUGUGAUUAUGCUACCGCUUGCAUCAGUAUCAUGAUGAUGGUUCAAGUCGGCGCCUUCGAGCGAACGGAGAAGCAGUGGCGUGCCCUACUGACAUCCGUCGGUUUGAAGGAUCUUUCAUUCCACCAGCCUCCAGCCGGUGGAGAGGGGAUCAUCGUCGCUACGAAAGAAUAA